AUCAAACAAAAGCAUAGUUUCCUAUACAACUCUUAACUUUCUUCUUUGAGAAACAAGUGCAUUUUUUUUUAUUCCAAUUAUGGCCACUGUCGAGGUUGUAUCAGCAAAGACAGCACUCUCCGAAGACACGGCUGAAUUAUCAUUGGUAUCUGAUGAGAAAAAGAGUGAAGAAAUUGUUGAAAGUCCAAUUAUAGCUGCAGCAUCAGAAACCAAAGAAAAAGAAACUGUUGUUGAAUCUUCAGCUGAAGAAACCAAGCCAUUGGAUGAAGCUGAGAAGGUAGAAGAAGUUGUGACAGUGAAAGACAAAGAAGAGGAAACAAAAGAAAAUGUUGAUUCUGUUGAAGAAUCUGAGACAGAAGAUGUUGGUAAAGAAGAGAAGGUGAUAGCUGAGGCGGAAGAAGCCUCAGAAGAGAAAAGUGAGGAAAAGGUUGAUGCAGAAGAAGAAGCUUUAGAUGAAAAGAAAGAGGAAAAAGUUAUCAUCAACACUGAGACUCCAAUUGAGAAGAGUGAGUAAAGGGGAAAAUAUGUGGUUUAUGUAAAAUGUUUAAUUAGAGAACAUGAUUAAUAAUUUUUAAGUUUCAUGUCAUGUUACUUUAUGUGUCUUUUUCUUGUUACUUGUUUGUGGUCUCACCAAUAAAUAUAGCUAAUAAUAUAAUGUAGUACUACUAGCUAAAUGUAUGGGGAUGGAUGGAUCCAUUUUAAUUUAUCCAAUGUCACAUUUUCAGUAAUUAUAUAUGUCUUUGUUUGUUCAAAUAAAUAUCUAUAUUGUUAGUGUUCUAA